GGCCGCGCGUAGCCGGCACCGCCAAUCGGCGUCCCGGAAGGAGCGAGCCGAAGCAACUGAGCCGGUGAAUGACAGCAGCGCCGCCCGCCGGUCGCGGCCGCAGCCCCGCCGGUGUCCCGAGCCUCCUGUCAACGCGCCCCUCAGGAAGGCGAGUGGCGUGCCUUCGCGCAGUGCCUCCCCGCGUGUCCGUGGCCCAGCGGGGUCUCCCCGCUCUCCCUGGCUCCUGCCCCGCUGUCCCUCCGCUGCUGGGGCCAUGGGCAGCGAGCAGAGCGCGGAGGCCGAGAGCCGCGCCGGCGAUGUGAAUGCCUCAGUGACUCCGUCUCCGGCUAAACAUCGGGCCAAGAUGGAUGACAUCGUGGUUGUAGCUCAGGGCUCUCAGGCCUCAAGGAAUGUCAGCAAUGAUCCCGAUGUCAUCAAGCUACAAGAGAUUCCAACCUUCCAGCCCCUUUUAAAAGGGCUCCUGAGUGGACAGACUUCCCCAACAAAUGCCAAACUGGAGAAGCUCGACUCUCAGCAGGUGUUGCAGCUCUGCCUCCGGUACCAGGAUCACCUGCACCAGUGCGCAGAGGCAGUUGCUUUCGAUCAGAAUGCUCUAGUCAAGAGAAUUAAAGAGAUGGAUCUGUCCGUGGAAACCCUCUUUUGCUUUAUGCAAGAGCGCCAGAAAAGAUACGCCAAGUAUGCCGAGCAGAUCCAGAAGGUGAAUGAGAUGUCGGCCAUCCUUCGCCGCAUCCAGAUGGGCAUUGACCAGACGGUGCCGCUGAUGGAGAGGCUCAACAGCAUGCUUCCAGAGGCAGAGCGCCUGGAGCCCUUCAGCAUGAGGCCUGAGCGGGAGCGGCACUAGCAGGGUCCUGCCUCAGCAGGCACCGCUCCAGCCUUCGCCUGGGCCCAGCGGGGUUUAACACACAUGGACGUUCCCGUGGGGGUCGGUCUUGAUAACCGAAGUUGGAACAGUUGAAUUCCCAGGAAUUCUGUAAAGAACUUUGCAUCAAGAAUUAUUUUGUUUUGCUCAGAGUUUUUGAAUUAAAAGUGUAGGUAGUCUAGUUACUGCAAUGAAACUGUGGGGAAAAUGUUAAGAAACUGUUCUCCUUGGCGCCUUGUGAGACUUUACGCAGCCUCUCUGAUUUGUGGUUGUACAUGUAAAUUCUAACUGCUUCCAGUUACUGUUCCCACCCAUCGGUGCCCAUCCUAUGGGGAGCUAUGUCUUCCUGUCCUGCCAGAACACCACCUUUUGUUCUUCCGGUACCACGCCCCUUUUCUGGGUCACUGGAAACUGAAGACCGCUUUCAUCCACUCAUGAAAGUGUUUCCCAUUGGUAACUGCUUUUCCAUACAGAGCUCAGGGUUCUGCCAGCCCCGCAGUCCUUGGCUUCCAUAACAAGUUGUGCACAUUUGCUCCCACCCUCCAGAGGCUGUCCUUCUCUCAUGCAGAGACCUCUGACCCCCCCACUGAUGUGCCGGGGACACUCAAGAAGCCACAGAGCCUCGGCCAGCCUUGAUGUCUGUAGGGCACAGAGCUGGGAAGGAGCGGCCACAGCAGGACUUGUGUGGGAAGUGCUGCAGGCCUGGGGCCUACAGCUUCUCUUCUUCCCUGUAGUCCUCCGGAAUCCAGAGAUUCUUCAGGUGUCAGAACAGCCUGAGUGUUUUUAUAAGAUUAAAAUGAAUCUGAUUAAUUUA